GUAACUGACGGCUACGCACUGCAUUUCGGUUCAGUAGGUAAAGUUGUACGAUGGUGGGAUUUAAGAACAGAUAUAUGGUAAUGGAGGUAAUGUUGGAUCCAAAUAAAGAAAUAUCAGGGGAUGAUCCUGUCGUUAUUACCCAAUUUAAUAUCUCCAAAGCAAUCAAGGAUAGCAUUCUUAUCAACUUUGGUGAAUGUGGUCUCGCCUCUUCGAUCGGAUCUUUCCAAGUUAAAUAUGUCAAUCCGAUUACAAAGUUGUGCGUAAUUAGAGCUACAAGAGAUGAGUACCAAAAAAUUUGGUCCUCGAUAACUUUGGUUAGGAGUAUUGGUAAUUGCCCUGUGAUAUUUAACUUGCUGGAUCUUAGUGGAAGUAUGAAGGCAUGUAAAAAUGCUGCCUUGAAGUGUGAUGAAUUAAAGUUUGAGCAGUACAAGCUUAUGGUUGGAGCACGGCUCUCAGUUGAUGUUGCUCAGCAUAUGCAGAAUUGUCUUGAGAAGAUCAAACUUUUGGAACACUGAGAGUGCUUUGCAUGCAGUAGUUGAGUGACCUGUGAUGCUGGUAUGAUUUUGUGCACCUGAGAUUAAAUUGCUUUACAUCGGCAUUCAUUUUAUGAUUUUACCAAUGAACAAAUAAAGGAGAUUGGGAGGU